UGCCGGCGCUGCUCGAGGCAGGUGACAUAAGGUAGGGAGGAGCAGGUGCCAGGCUGGACUUGAGAGCGGCUGGGGCUGACAGUAUUUUGGGCUCCCUUUUGAAAAGCUCCAAUAGCUUUUACAGCGAGUUGCCAGACAGCUCGCAAGCACGUUCUUUUACCCUUUCGAUCCGUUGGUGCCAAACUUUUGACAGAAAUCCUGGAGAGCCGGAGGGACGGGUGUGUGUGGGAGGUGGGGAGACCCUGGGGGUCACAGCAGGGCUCUGCAGAGCUGCCAGCACCGCCAGCCCCCGGGAUGGGGAGGGAUGUCCCUGCUGGCAGGGGACAUGGAGUAGCACCGUACCCCAGGAGGGGAGUAGCACCGUGCCCCAGGAGAGGCAACUGCAUCCCUACCGAUGCCUGGUCCGUUUUGGAAAGGUGGGCAGGACGCAUUGCUGCUUGCCAAACAGUGCUGUGCUUCUGAGCUGGUUCCCAGCCGUGGUCCUACGCUGGUCUUUGCUAUGGGGAGAGGCAAGGGGAGGCGAGAAGCAGUGGCAUUUUCUGGUUUUGAAUUUGGUAUUUAAUAAAUAAGCAAAAGCAGAGCUGUGGGCUUCUUAAUUAAUAAGAAAAAGCAAGAGCUUGAAAUCAUGUCCUGACCCCGUGCUUGCUGCAGUGAGAUCCCAACUGUUGAGAAAACCUGCCCACUUCUCUCCUUGUGGGACGUGGUCCCUCACCCAUCUUCCUCCUGCCAUCAGCUCCAAGGGCUGCACUGCCCAUCUUGUGCUGUACAAGUAACAGGGAUGUGAUUCAAUCCACAUGGUGAUUUUCAGGUUGGAAUAAAAUCAAACCUGUUGGAAAUUGAAUCCUGACUCCACAUCACUCACACGCUUGUCCUUCAGAUAAAGCACUUUCCUCUGAUUCUGGCUGAAGUGAUGCUUCAGGAGGCCCUGGGGAUGCCUUUUUAUUUGUUGGACCCCAAGACAGUCUACAUGGCCUAGGGAGAUGUGGCAAAUUUAGUUAGCAGAGGCAGCAGUUCCGAGAAAUAAUUCUCAGGUGCCUGCCCCAGCUAGCUAGAAAAUCAGAACACCAAACUUCAAGCAGAGAUGCUUUUUCUCUCAAGCUGUUGCUGUUAACUCUGUCAGUAAGAUGUCACCCAGAGGCAGGCUGUGUUGCUUGUCGUGGUUCCAUGUAGCCAGGUGGUGAUUACAGAGGACCAGCAAAGCUGUCUGACGUGAUCUUGUGACACUUGAGACAAACAUCAUGUCAGCACGGUUCUCUUUUCACUGACCCUCAGGAGGAGCUGGAGGCACAAGUCUCCAGUAGGGAUCAGCGGAGGGGAUGUCUGCCACCAGUACCAUGAGAGUCAGCUUAGGUGGCACCUAGAUUUAUAUCCAGUAUUUCAGAGCAAAGCUCACGCAUUCUCACUUCCACUGAAGCACAUUUCAGUGAGCUCUUGUUUUCACAGCUUUAGUGAUUACUGCCAUAUGGAGCCAGGUUUAGAGCCCACUUGUGUGAAUUUUAAGUGGCAUCACUUUCAUUAGCAUAACCUGAGGUUAAGUGAGCAAUAAAUUUAGCAUGUAGGAGAGGGUGUAGAGGGAAACUUCCAGAUUGAAGGUGGCUGCUGCUAAUGGUCUUGCCAUGGAGACGCGGCAUCGAGGAGUGGGCUCUGCUGAGGAGCUCCUCGUGGGCUGACUGACAUAUAUUGAAGGUCAGGAGCAGUUUGGAUGAGACCUGUGGCAGCUGAGAAUAUUAAACAGCGAGCUGGAAAAAAACCCAAAAACAUGAAUGCUUCGUUUCUUGAUCCUCUGGAAAAUAAUUCCAGACACCUGAACUUUUCGGAGAAGAACUCGCAACUCUUGCAGUUUGAAGACGAGGACUGCCACGUGCCUUUGGCCAUGGUCUUCACCUUGGCCUUGGCUUACGGGACUGUGAUAAUUCUGGGAGUCUCUGGGAAUCUGGCCCUGAUUGUCAUCAUUUUGAAACAAAAGGAAAUGCGCAAUGUUACUAACAUCCUCAUUGUCAACCUGUCCUUUUCUGACCUUCUAGUGACCAUCAUGUGUCUCCCCUUUACCUUUGUGUAUACUUUAAUGGACCACUGGAUUUUUGGGGAGGCCAUGUGCAAAUUGAACCCUUUCGUGCAAUGUGCCUCAAUCACCGUCUCGGUCUUUUCUUUAGUUCUGAUUGCUAUCGAACGCCAUCAGCUGAUCAUCAACCCCCGUGGCUGGAGGCCAAACAACAGGCAUGCCUACAUGGGGAUCGCUGCCAUAUGGGUUUUGGCCACGGCUUCCUCCUUGCCUUUCCUGAUUUACCACGUGCUGACAGACGAGCCCUUCAGAAACAUAACAUUUGAUGAAUAUAAGGACAAAUACGUGUGCCUAGACCUCUUCCCCUUGGACACUGCCCGGCUUUCUUAUACCACCACUCUUUUGGUGAUUCAGUACUUUGGACCGCUUUGUUUUAUAUUUAUUUGCUACUUAAAGAUUUACUUUCGCUUGAAAAAAAGGAGCAACAUGAUGGAUAAGAUGAGAGACAGUAAAUACAGAUCUUCUGAAACCAAAAGGAUCAACAUCAUGCUGAUCUCGAUCGUAGUUGCCUUUGCAGUUUGCUGGCUUCCUCUCACCAUUUUCAAUAUCGUGUUUGACUGGAACCAUGAAAUUCUGCCCGUUGCUACCUGCAGCCACAAUCUGCUGUUCCUGAUCUGCCACCUCACUGCCAUGAUCUCCACCUGCGUGAACCCUAUUUUCUACGGGUUUCUCAACAAGAACUUCCAGAGGGACCUGCAGUUUUUAUUUCACUUCUGCCACUUCCGCUCCCGUGAGGAAGAUUAUGAGACUAUAGCCAUGUCCACCAUGCACACAGAUGUCUCAAAAACCUCUCUAAAGCAGGCAAGCCCAGUCGCAUUUAAAAAAAUAAAUAGUGAUGAUGACGACAAAAUAUAAAGAAGUAAUAAUAAUUCUACACCAAACCUUUGAAAGUUCACCCGCAGGUGAAACGUGCCCAAGGACAAGCACAGUUAUGUAACAAGUACAAAAUGGGUAAUGCUAUUCUUCUUUUUCCAAGGAACUUUGAUUGUUGUCACUUUGAAAUUUUACGCUGUGCAUUUCUGCCCCUUACGCUGCUUUAAUGUUCACAGCAGUUAUAUCUGAAUCUUAUUAUUAAAAAGUAGCUGGACUUGCUACUACCUAUGGUUGUCAUCAACUUUCUCUUGUUCGGUUUCUUUGUACAGUUAGGUACUUUAGCACAAAGACACAUUAUUAUUUGAUUAUUAUUUUUUUUUUAGAUUUUUUUUUUAAUUAUUAUUUCUUUCCCCAAAUAAGUAGUUCUCAAGAUUGUCCAUUUAAGACCAUUGCGAUAUGAAGCGCAUAUGAACUGCAGGGAGGCUGUCACUACAGAGGACACCGAUCCCAACAUAAAAUUAGGACAAUCUAAUUGGAAGAGUUGUUCCUUUGUUUGUUUUUGUUGUUUUUAAUCUCUCUUUUGAUGAAUUUUAAAAUCCUGUGAAAGUAGUGUAGGCAUGCACAAAAUGAUUCUGAGAAACCCAUAGAUCACAUUAAAUGGGGACAUGCCUUUGUCUCAUUCAGAGAGGCAAUUCAGACUGUAAUCACUUCGGUUCAAAAGCAGGAUUAGGAGAGAAAUUCUGUUCUCAUUUAUGAGAAUAAAAACCUGGAGUAAUUCCACAGAACACAAUGGGAUAACUCUGAUUUUCACCACAGCAAAUGAAAGCACAAAUGGGCCUUUAAUCCCAAAUUAUUAUGGCUGAUUUUAGUAAUGUAGGCUUUUUUAAUUUAAAAAUCCAAACCCCAUUUUCAUCUGCACCACUGGAAGACUGGGAUGAAAUCUGCCAUCGGUCCCAAGUCUAUGAACCAUGUAAAUUCUCCUUAUGUCCUAUGUAUGAAUGUCAAGAAUCUGAAGGGAGGUGGCAAUGUUUGUUUUCUGUACAAGGUGUGAUUCCAUCCUUGCAGAUGAUGUUACAAGUCAGGUUUGGGAUUAAAAAACAAAAAAUAGCUGUAGCUACCUGAAUCGUUUCAUAAUAAUUAGUGCUGAUCUGUAUAAAUGAUGUAUAGCCUCAUUAUAUUCUGUGUUCAGAUGCAAUGAUAUAAAACCUGGAUUAUCUCCAAGGUGAUGGAUGACUUAACUAAGAUCUGCAAAACUUAAAAAAGGAUAUAGCAUGGUUGCAAUUGGUACAUUUUGCUUCCAAACUCACAGUUUCCACAGUUGACUGAAGUGUGGGAAUAUUUGCCAAAUGUACACAAUAGAGCUCUGUGUGUUACUGCUUAAAAUAUAUAUCCUCUAAUUACGCGAAAUGUACGUGACUAGAUCCUCAGCUGAGGGAAGCCUGCAUAACUUGGCUGCUGUAAGUGAAACGAUACCAAUAUCAGCCAGCUGAGGCUCUACGUCAUACAGUGUACUUUGCUAUAUAAUCAAUGCCUUUUCAAAUAAUCAGCUUUUUAAAAUACAAUAUGGUCUUCAUUUAGCAAUAUUGCUUUAUACCCUUCUGACAGAGAAGAGUGUCUUUAAAAUAGGUGUAAAUGUAGCAUCAGUGGGAACCAAAUCUGAUAUCUUUCUGAUCUCAAAAAGAUCUCAGGAUGUGAUGGUGAAUUUAAUACUCUCUAAAUUUGAUAUGGAUAACUGUCUGAGAAAGGAAGAUUAUUCGAUUUGCCAGCAUUUAAAAGUCCAGAACUGUGCCUUGUGCAGUCUUAAAAACAGUGUAGAAUAUUAAAGUAGCAAUGUGUUCUUGUGCAUUAUAAUUCAAUGUAUCUCUUUAUUGGCAGAUAAUUUAAUUAAAAAGGAAGUUUCUGUACUUGAAAACAGAGAGAGAAUGUAUAAAAUGAAUUAUUUGACAGUGCUUUCUUUCAGAGCCUUGCCCUUUUGUAUUUUAUGAGAUUUCCUUUUUCUGGUGGCUCUUCAUGGAGUGUGUUGCUAAUACGACAAGAUGCUCUUGAAAUUAUUCCCCUGUCACUUCACAGUAAUUUUGUUAUACCAAAGGGCGUGUAUUUCCACAGAGAUGCAUUGUAGAAACCCAGCUCUGUUCUUCUGUUAAUAAUGUCACACCACAGUUUUCCCAUUAGGA